GGCGGCGAGCGGGCUGAAGCAGCUGAAGCGGCGGCGGCAGCGGAGGCUCCGGCGUAGGGGCGGGAGCUGAGGCGGGAGCGGACGGGCUGGUGGUCGAGCGAGAGGCGGCGGAAUGGUGGACUACCACGCGGCGAACCAGUCGUACCAGUACGGCCCCAGCAGCGCGGGCAAUGGCGCUGGCGGUGGGGGUGGCAUGGGCGACUACAUGGCCCAAGAGGACGACUGGGACCGGGACCUGCUGUUGGACCCGGCCUGGGAGAAGCAACAGCGCAAGACCUUCACAGCCUGGUGCAACUCCCACCUGCGCAAGGCGGGCACACAGAUAGAGAACAUCGACGAAGACUUCCGAGAUGGGCUCAAGCUUAUGCUCCUCCUGGAGGUCAUUUCAGGGGAGCGGUUACCUAAGCCUGAGAGGGGGAAGAUGAGAGUGCACAAGAUCAACAAUGUGAACAAAGCCCUGGACUUUAUCGCCAGCAAAGGAGUCAAGCUGGUCUCCAUUGGGGCAGAAGAGAUAGUAGACGGCAAUGCAAAGAUGACCCUGGGAAUGAUCUGGACCAUUAUCCUGAGGUUUGCCAUCCAGGACAUCUCUGUGGAAGAGACUUCUGCCAAGGAAGGGCUCCUUCUCUGGUGCCAGAGAAAGACUGCCCCAUAUAAGAAUGUCAAUGUGCAGAAUUUCCACAUCAGCUGGAAGGACGGUCUUGCCUUCAAUGCCCUCAUCCACCGGCACAGACCAGAGCUGAUUGAGUAUGACAAACUGAGAAAGGACGACCCAGUCACCAACCUGAACAAUGCCUUUGAAGUGGCUGAGAAAUACCUCGACAUACCCAAGAUGUUGGAUGCAGAAGAUAUUGUGGGCACUCUGAGGCCAGAUGAGAAGGCCAUCAUGACUUACGUGUCCUGCUUCUACCACGCUUUCUCGGGGGCCCAGAAGGCCGAGACUGCAGCCAACCGGAUCUGCAAGGUACUGGCUGUCAACCAGGAGAAUGAACACCUAAUGGAGGACUAUGAGCGGCUGGCCAGUGACCUCCUGGAGUGGAUCCGGCGCACCAUCCCCUGGCUGGAGGACCGUGUGCCCCAAAGGACCAUCCAGGAGAUGCAGCAGAAGCUGGAGGAUUUCCGUGACUAUCGGCGUGUCCACAAGCCGCCCAAGGUGCAAGAGAAGUGCCAGCUGGAGAUCAACUUCAACACACUGCAGACCAAGCUGCGCCUCAGCAACCGGCCGGCCUUCAUGCCCUCUGAGGGCAGGAUGGUCUCGGACAUUAACAAUGGCUGGCAGCACCUGGAGCAGGCUGAGAAGGGCUACGAAGAGUGGCUGCUGAAUGAAAUCCGAAGGCUGGAGCGGCUCGACCACCUGGCAGAGAAGUUCCGGCAGAAGGCUUCCAUCCACGAGGCCUGGACUGAUGGAAAGGAAGCCAUGCUGAAGCACCGAGACUAUGAAACAGCCACCCUGUCAGACAUCAAGGCUCUUAUCCGCAAGCAUGAGGCCUUCGAGAGUGACCUGGCUGCACAUCAGGACCGUGUGGAGCAGAUUGCAGCGAUUGCCCAGGAGCUUAAUGAGCUGGAUUACUAUGACUCCCACAAUGUCAACACCCGGUGCCAGAAGAUCUGUGACCAGUGGGAUGCCCUGGGCAACCUGACCCACAGUCGCAGGGAAGCCCUGGAGAAAACAGAGAAGCAGCUGGAGACCAUUGACCAGCUACACCUGGAGUAUGCCAAGCGGGCCGCCCCUUUCAACAACUGGAUGGAGAGCGCCAUGGAGGACCUCCAGGACAUGUUCAUUGUGCACACCAUCGAGGAGAUUGAGGGCCUGAUCUCAGCACACGACCAGUUCAAGUCGACGCUGCCAGAUGCUGAUAGGGAGCGAGAGGCCAUCCUGGCCAUCCACAAAGAGGCCCAGAGGAUCGCCGAGAGCAACCACAUCAAGCUGUCAGCCAGCAACCCCUACACCACUGUCACCCCCCAGAUCAUCAACUCCAAGUGGGAGAAGGUGCAGCAGCUGGUGCCAAAGCGGGACCAUGCACUCAUGGAGGAACAGAGCAAACAGCAGUCCAACGAGCACCUCCGCCGCCAGUUUGCCAGCCAGGCCAACGUGGUGGGGCCCUGGAUCCAGACCAAGAUGGAGGAGAUUGGGCGCAUCUCCAUCGAGAUGAACGGGACACUGGAGGACCAGCUGAACCACCUGAAGCAGUACGAGCGCAGCAUCGUGGACUACAAGCCCAACCUGGACCUGCUGGAGCAGCAGCACCAGCUCAUCCAAGAGGCCCUCAUCUUCGACAACAAGCACACCAACUACACCAUGGAGCAUAUCCGUGUGGGCUGGGAGCAGCUGCUCACCACCAUCGCCCGCACCAUCAACGAGAUCGAAAACCAGAUCCUCACCCGAGACGCCAAGGGCAUCAGUCAGGAGCAGAUGCAAGAGUUCCGGGCAUCCUUCAACCACUUCGACAAGGAUCAUGGCGGGGCCCUGGGGCCCGAGGAGUUCAAGGCCUGCCUCAUCAGCCUGGGCUACGACGUGGAGAACGACCGGCAGAAGCAGACAGGCAGCAUGGACUCCGAUGACUUCAGGGCUCUGCUUAUCUCCACAGGAUACAGCCUGGGCGAUGCUGAGUUCAACCGCAUCAUGAGCGUGGUUGACCCCAACCACAGUGGCCUCGUCACCUUCCAAGCCUUCAUUGACUUUAUGUCGAGGGAGACCACUGACACAGACACAGCCGACCAGGUCAUUGCCUCCUUCAAGGUGCUGGCAGGGGACAAGAACUUCAUCACAGCUGAGGAGCUGCGGAGAGAGCUGCCCCCUGACCAGGCCGAGUACUGCAUUGCCCGUAUGGCGCCCUACCAGGGCCCCGACACCGUACCCGGCGCCCUGGACUACAAGUCCUUCUCCACAGCCCUGUACGGUGAGAGCGACCUGUGAGGCCCCCCAGCGACCGGACCACACCUUCCCCGAGGCCUCCCGGAGGGGCCCGGGCCUCCCCAUUUCCCUGACUCUGUAUCUAUGCAAAGCACUCUCUGUCGGGCCUUUGGGGGUGGG